CUGCUCACUUCCGCCGUAUGGCGCGUGUAAAGUUGUUUAUGAAACAUCUAGCUAGGUCAGCGGUUGAUAUAUAUACCAGGGCCUAUAAUCAUGAAGCAGCUCCCUCCUGACACCGUUCGCCUGCUGUCCAGCUCUCAGGUCAUUACUUCUGUGACCAAUGUUGUGAAAGAACUGAUGGAAAAUUCCUUGGAUGCUGCAGCCUCAGUUAUUGAUGUUAAACUGGAAAAUUAUGGAUUAGAUCGUAUAGAGUUGCGCGACAAUGGCUGUGGAAUCAAAGCAGCAGACACUGCUGUCAUGGCAGUUCGGCAUUAUACCUCAAAGAUCUGUAACCACGAAGACCUGGAACACUUGGAGACAUAUGGCUUUCGAGGAGAGGCACUAGGUUCCAUUUGUGCUGUUGCAGAGGUGGCUAUCACCACCAAGACAGGAGAUGAAGAUAUAAGCUUACAAUAUGCACUUGAUUUUAAAGGGAACAUUGUUUCACAGAAGCCCACUCACCUUGGGCAAGGGACAACGGUGAGCGUCCUGAAGCUUUUCAAAAACCUCCCAGUGAGACGGCAGUAUUACUCAUCCACCAAAAAGUGCAAAGAUGAGCUGAAGAAAGUACAAGACCUGCUGACUGCCUAUGCCAUCAUCAAACCUGAGCUGAGACUCACGUUUACUCACAACAAGGUGGUAGUUUGGCAGAAGGCAAAAGUGCCUGAUCACAGAAGCGCACUGGUCUCCAUGCUGGGCUCCAGCACUGUUGCCAACCUGCUCCCGGUCCACCAUCACCAAGAGGAGCCAGAGAUAAUUCUUGAUGGAUUGUUUCCCCGACCUGGAGCAGAUUACUCAUCGACAAGCUCGUCCCUCCCUGACAAAACAUUCAUUUUUGUCAACAGUCGUCCGGUCCACCAUAAAGAGGUCAUGAAGCUACUUCGUCAACACUAUUCUGCUCAAUAUCCAGAUGAAGCAGCGAAGAAUCGAUACCCAAUCUCAAUGCUUAAGAUAUCAGUGUCCGCCUCAUCGGUGGAUGUCAACCUGACACCGGACAAGACACAAGUCCUCCUCCUCAACAAGGAAUCAGUGCUGACUGCAGUAGAGGCGCUGCUGGUAUCGUUAUAUGGUUUUCGGCCGGACAGUAUCCCUCAAAUUGGGAAUCAACCUGAUGAUGCAUCUCCCCUGCCAACUGGAACUUCACAGGCCUUCAGUGAGACCAGGGAAGAAGCCAGUCCUCAAAUAAGUGCACUUAAUAGAGAGGAAGACUCACCGAAUGAUGAGCUGUCUGCAGCAAAGAACAAUGUUUCACUGGACCGUCAAACCUCAAACGGCAGCUCUUCUUCAUCUGUGGCUGAGGACUGGAUUGUCAACCGAAACCUAGUUGGACUUGAGAGUACUUUGUCACUCUGUGAUGAUGCUCAAAACCCAACUACCAAAGAACAGGAAGACAGCAGUCGGUUAGUCGGUGAUCGGAAGGAAGAACAGUUUUCAGCUGAGGCCUGGAGUAAGGGCACUAGUUUAAGUGACCCUGUGUCAGGAAAGCCACUGCAACCUGUUCAGAUCUUUAAACCAUCAAUUUCUGAGGAGAACGGCCCACGUGGGUCUGCUGUGAAAAACGUCAUAACGGAGAAGAGAGCGGCCCUGACUGCCUACGACUUGAUCAGUAGCCGUGUUGUUAGAGCACCACUAUCUCCGGCGGCCCUUUUCGAAAAAGAGGCCAGAGCAAAGGUUCUGAGUGAAAACCCCACAGCAAGCCGUGAGGACAUCAACUCGACCAUCCAAGAGAGGUGGGAAAACCUGAGGGAGGAAGAGCGUAAGAAGUUCGAGGAAAAGGCUCAAAAGCAGCUGAAGCAUCAUGAGCAUGUGUCCAAGAUGGCUGAAGGACAUAAGGAGAAGGUUCCUGGAACCCCUAAAAGCAUCAAACGGAAGGCCCCUCUGUCCAACCAGCAGCUUCUGGACGAGCUCUUCUCCGCUCAACCACAGAAGAAGAUGAAGAACGCUACCCAAAAACGCACGCAGCCCCUUUCCUGCAGCGUGGCCGGCCUUCGACUGCGGCUACAACGUCUCUCCUCUCAGAGCCAAGCACCACCACAGGGCCCCCUGCUUGUAAAUCGCCUGGCCUCUCAGAGCUCCUGGGUCAUUUUAUACGGUCAAAAGCUCAUGUUGUUAAAUCCAUUUCGGGUGGAGGAAACCUUGCUGUUUAAGAGACUUCUCGAGAAUAAUGUACUUCCAGCCGUGAGUCUGCAGAACCCCAUAGAGCUCACAGAUGGAAAUCUUGGAGCUGAGAAUUUCAUGGCUUUGUGUAACAUGGAGCAGCAAACCCUUGAGUUGAGCAGAGCGUCCACCAUCUCUGACCCCAGACUUGUGGCUAAUGGAUUUCAAGUCACCAUCUCUCCUGGCCCUGCGUCGGCUCCCAGAAAUCUGGAAGUUACGGCGAUGGCGGACUGUGUGCCUUUUCUUGGAGUGGAGGACCUCAGGGAGAUCCUGACCGCAGUUGUACGCAGGAAGGCGCAGAGCGUGAAAGAGUGUCGGCCACUAAAAGUGACAAACUACCUGCAAGGUGAAGCAGUGCGACUUGCCAGGCAGUUGCCCACAAACCUGUCCAGGGAAGAUGUGAAAGAUAUCCUGCAUCGAAUGGAGCGGCAGCUCGGUGAGAAUAACCGGACAUGUUUCCACGGACGAACUUUUCUACAGCACCUGUGUGACGUUCCCGACACGGAGUCUGAAAUCCUGGCACUGGCGAAACCUUUGCAGGUGUAACACAAACACGCAGAUAACUCAGGGCAUGUGUUUUGAACUCUGCUGUGUUUUGGUGUACCAUGGGACUAUAGUGCUGAUGUAUAAUUUCAUUUAAUGGUUUUCCUCAUUAGCGGAGGUGAAGUGACAAACCCCUUUGUCCAAUCUCAAAUGGUUAAAGCUAUUGUCAGUCUCCAUAAUCCUUAAAAUGCAAGUUUAGAUUAAAUGAUUUUGGAGUAGUAUGUAUUGUGUUGCAUCAAAUUUGUGUUCAGUUUUGAACACAUUCUUUAUUUGUCAACUUUGAGACCAACAAUGUCGAGAAAGGACACAUUGAAUUUAGCUGCUACAUUUUCAGAAAGCCAUAAAACUGCCACUGUGUAUUCAAUGCUUUUGUCAUAGUCAACUGGUGAUCAUCAAGGUCAUGGAAGGUGAAAAGUAUCAUUCAAAGUUUAAUGACCUUUUCAAGUGUUUGUCAUCAUCACAUGGAGUUUGCAAGUAUAAAAAAUUAAGUCCAUUUUUGAAAGAGAGCAAAUGGGAAAUAUUGAAAGUUUUAUCCUCCAGUUUUCUUUUGUCGUCCUCUCAAUUUGUGAUGAUAUUGCCACACAGUUUCAGCCCAAAUGCAAAUUUCCAAUCGCUGUCUAGAAUUUGUUGUCUAUUUAGCGUGGUUGAAAAACUUACUGAAUACAAGUGAAGUUCAUUGUCCAGUACAUCAUCUCUGAGACUUAAUGAUCACAUGUCCAUGUUAAAGGUUUGUCACGAUCUUAAAGGGUUCGUUCGAAACUUGUUUGAAUGUUGAUCGUUUUCUAUUAUUGACUAUUGUGACUCAGAGUUUGGUCCCCUGAUUGUGAGUUUGCUGCUCUACAAAUAUUGCCCUCUAUUUCGAGUCAUCUGCAACAGUAUGAAAUAAUUAUCCACACCAUCCCUGUGCAUUGAUCGCUAAAAUCACAACACUUACGCUGGCUGCUAUUGAAUAAAUAGAUUGAUUUCACACACAUAAGUUUGCAUUUCUCAAAUUAACAACAGCAGACUUGAGCGUAUCCGGUGACGCCCGGAAAGUGCUACACAUCUCUUCUGCGUCUUUCCAGAGCCAUUAGAAAGGUAUUAAGGUCGCUACAUAAUACUUUUCUCCAAGUGUGUGCCAGCUGCUCGCUCGUCAGCACGGAGAGACGGUUGUAGAUAAUCCCCCGCUGCAUUAAAUGAGAUUCGAGCUGUAAUAUUAACCGCAAAGUUUAGCAAAUCAUUGACGCUAUGCUAACUUGUAUCGGUGCCACUUCCUAAUGAAUUGUGGUCUUGUGUUCCUGCAGGCGAAGCACAAGGUGGUGGCUGCUUCAUGAGUGUUUCAAGUAGUUAUUCAACACAAUUCGGAAUUGCCUUUAGGGUAAAGGCUGUAGGUUUAUACUUGACCACUCAAAGUGAUUUAUUUAAGAUGACAACCUUUGUUCUAUUGAAGAUCUGUACAGCAACGUCUAGCUAGUCGGCUAGAUUGUUUUUGUCCACCACAGAAUUGCUGAGUAUGAGUAUGGUCUUCCCUCUUCGGUGAGUCAUGUAUCCUUCGUGGAAAGAAAAGUCAAAUGGUUGGCUCACCUGUGAAAUCUAAUGACUAGAGUGACUCUGAAAAAAAAGGGCAUAGGAUGCUCAGACCAGGUUUAACUUCCUCCACAGGACAGUGUAUCGCCUCACAAGUAACUUGACAACACUUGAGCAUCAGUAAAACAUAGGAAAAUAAAAUCCUCAAGCUAUAAAGUGCGUGUCAUUCUACAAUAGUAGCCAAAAUUAAAUGGAAAACAUUGGUAAAUAUUAAAAUAUUAAAAAUUGUCAAUUUACUCAAAGUCAAGUUUUGUUUUACAAGUUCACAAAGUUUAAAAAUGCAUGUGUUAGAUUUAAAAGAUCAGUCAAACACAACCUAAAAAUACCUCAUAACGUUUGAAACCCCUGCGGAGACUCACACCAAGAUCCCUAUCUAUGGUAACAUAAAUGUAAAGGCCCAUGAGGUUUCCACUCAUCGCCUCUUCUCGUGGACACUGAAUCUCUCAACGGGGGGGCGAGCAAUAUGAUCGCCCAUCUUAUGAUAAUAUUAUAGUUAGGACAGUCAAAGGUCAGACUGCAGCUCAUGUCUUGUUUUACGUGAGAGAACCCACAGAUGGCUUCAGCAUUGCUCCGAUGAAAACGUUCUGCAAAGUGUCUCUGGAAAGGAGGAUGAAUGUCGAUUAGGCCCCCACUAACCCCCUGACUCGCAGCGCCUCACCUUUCAGCUCUGUGCUCAUGAGUGGACUCCAGUGUGAAACUUGUCACUGUUGGACACGUGCUGCUCAGUUUCUUGGGAUCAGUAAUGUAUGCAGCAGCAGAAUGUGUCGUGUACAUGCUGCCCCCGGCCCCCGGUGAGGGGUCAUAUACGAGUAUUUGGUAAGGAUUUACUGAUGCUUGUCUGUUGACUAUUAACCACACGUUUUAAGAGGUCAACAGCCUCCCAUUUGUCCAGCUGGCGUUUCAUUUAUCAAGCUUUUACUAUAAUACCUGUACCUAUAUGUCCCCAAAAUACAAAAAUAAAAUAAAUAAAUUUGGCAGCGCAUGCACCCAGCAGACCAUCCAGAUUUUAAUUCGUCAUCAACAUCGUUAACGACUCUCCACUUACAGCACUAAUGCGCGCAGCGUCUGCGACUCAGCUUGCAGUCACCGCCGGAGGCAUCUGGACACCACUCUCACAACCCAGAAGAAACCAAACACUUUAACAGAGUGGUCAAAUCCAAAAUAAAAAUGACAUGAACUAUAUUUAACCGCUGUAUUUUUGGAACAUUUAUGAGACAUGGCCAGUCACGUAGCAAAUACGCACCUGUUUCUGUUUAAUAAUGCAGUUAUGAAACCACUCAAGAUGGGAAAAAACAUUCUUUAAUGUGAGGUGCACCAUGGAGAUGUUAUCGUUGAGGUGUUAUGGCAGUCAGUGGUGGUUCAAGAUGGUCAAAAGUUGUCACUGAUGAUCUGAUAUUUGAUUUCUCACAAUAUAUGAUCGCAGAAAUUGGAGGACAUUUUUCUGACUUCGCACUGUAGGAACCGUUUUGGUGCCUAGAACUUCAUUUUUUGAUUAUAUCAUUCCAGUACGCUCAGGAAACGUCCAAUAGUUCUUGAAAGUUUAUAAGCCCGACUCCAGCAACCAGAGGCUGACGCCAAAACAAAGCAGUGCUGAGAUUAUAAUCUCAGUUUUAAAGGUAUUUUUGAUUUAAAAAAAAAUCUCUUCAAGCAGAUUAUUAGUGACUGAGAUUCAGUGUGUGUCAUAUUGAGAUGUUAGCCAUGUGGUCUGACUUUGAUUAUAGCAAUGAUUUGAAGUCCAUCGACUUCUGUUCAGUUUUAGUGGUGUUAUUUGUGUGCCACCUGCCAUCGAUGGCCACAGAGCAGCACGUAUUUGAAACAUGUAUUGCUGCUGACCUUUUUGCACUUAAUAGAGCCAUUUACAGUCCAUGUCUUCAAUAAAUAGAAGCGACUUGUCUUGUAUCGCCAUCUAUGUAGAUGGGUAAGUGAAUGUUCAGAGGUUUUCAGCGCAACAUAUAUCUGGUUGUUGCUUACCUCUUUUGUCUGUCACUGUUUUUUUGCUGAUAAAAUCUGUGAUCUUUUAGGUUGCUCGCUCACGUGGCUUGACAAACAACGUUAUUCCACCAUAAUUCUUUUACCAAAUCCACGCUCACCUACCCAUAUGUCUUAGCGUGUCCAUUAUGCAAGUUUAAUGCGAUACUGUUAAUGUUUUAUGAAUCAGUUGUCCCCAUAUUCCUCCUCGUCUCAGUGGGGUGCUAAUGUCACUGGUUCUCCUCUUUUGUCCUUGUGAAUGUGAACUUUGAGGGGCGGAUAGUUUCAACUCCUAAAUCAGACCAGGGAUAAGUCCGUUAUACAGCCCUCAUGUGGUGAGAACAGAACCACAAAAAAAGUUUUUUUUCAUCAUUCAUAACUAAUUAUUGGAAGUUUUCUAUUAGUAGUCAUAUUGAAAUAUUAAAUUUGAUUCUAUAAAUAAGCAAUACUAUUGUAACAGUAUUUCUUGUACCCCAAAAGACAUUAGAAAACUGCAGUGAGGAAAAUACAGUGUAAUAAAAUGCCUUCACGUCAUUGACAUUUCACUCAUUUCACUCUGUUCCCAACAUAUUCACACAUCAAACAAUCUUCCAGCAUUUUUUGUUCCUAUCGAGAACUUUCAUAUUACAUACUCCUACUGUACUAAAUCAGCAUUUGUCUGCCAAGGUACAAUGCAAGUUGACCCACAUUUGGAUGUAGGAGCAGCUACUCUAAAUUUAGCUCUGUGUUUAACUAGCUAUGGCUACAUUGAUGAAACACAUCUAUGUGUCAGUCAAACAAGUUCACCUCACCCUCAUUCUAGAUAGACCAAAGAUAUAGAAUAUUUUCUGUGACUCAUUGUGGGUCUGAAAAUGCAAGAAUGGAUCAUAUUUUUUUGUAGCUAUUUUCCUCUUUUCAGUUUCAACUCUCUUAAAAAUCCAACCAGUAAAUGUUUCUUUGAAAAUAUCCUGAGUUGUAGAAGCUUGUCCGCAAUUCUUAUCACUGAGCACCUGUCUUCUAGGAAGUGUUACGAAUGUAGUCCUAGGAUUUAUUCACAGUAGACUCAAUCCAGGAAGUGCUGCCAGAGUGUCACUCACUGAACGUCUUGUUAAAUUAAUUGACUCAGGUAAUCUGUAAUGACAUACCUUAACUGUUAUUUCGUCUGUCAGUAUCUCUACCAUCUGUCUGACACAUAGCUGUUCCUUCCCUACAUCCGUCUGGGUUAAGGACAUGCAUAUCAUCUGGAGACAGGAGGUUUCCAUAAUCGACCUUUCCUUUGUCUCCCCUGAGCAAUAUCUAAUCUACAUCACUGUCAACUCUUGGGUCUCCAGAGGCAGGAUGUUCUUCAACCCUGGACCUCUGAGGACUUCUGGCCCCCGAGUUUUGCUUGUCACUCUAACCCCGACGUGUAAACAAACACUGACGUUGAUAAAUCCUGUAAAUGUAUCUGCAGUGGACACCAAAUUUGUCCAGUUUCCGAACUUCCAGUUGCUUUACAAAGCCAUUAAUCAAAGGAGGACAUCCCCGAGGUGACUGUCAGUUUUGUGGUAGGAAGGGUUACUCCUUGUCCUUAAGUGAAAAAGCAAGCCGAGUGUAGACGGAAAGGAUAAAUCACUUUAGAAGCGACGAAAGGUAGCAUUCAGCAGCUGGCCAUCUGGCCCUCAUCGUGUCCCUGACUGCUUGAUUUUAUUGCUUUUCAUUGCUUUCCGUUUCCCCAACAGGGUUUCACACAAACAGGUCUGUGUGUUGAUGCGAUCAUUGAUAGCUGGUUGUUUAAUGUUGUACGUCAUCGAGUGAUGUUUCAGGUGUAUACUGACUUUUAAACAGGAUUGCAGCAUCGUAUAUAUCGUAUAUUGUAUAUAUAUAUAAACUCUCUAUGUCUGCCACCUUUGCAACUUAGUAAACUUACAAUCACUUUCUAGCAUAACUAG